CUUCAAACAAACCCAAAAAAUAAUCUCAAACUCAAAAUGGGCCAAAUUGGAAGGGGCAAUGGACCAGGCCAACAAUGGCAGAUUGACUUUACGAAAUUACCAAGGAAAGGGGGUUAUAGGCAUAUGUUGGUACUAACAGACACCUUUUCAGGUUGGCCAGAAGCUUUUCCAACUAGAAGUGCAAAAUCCCAAGAGGUAACAAAAAUAUUGUUACAGGAAAUAAUACCACGAUUUGGAGUUCCAGCCACUAUAUCUUCAGACAGAGGACCACAUUUUAUUUCAAGUGUGGUACAACAAAUUAACAAACAACUAGGUAUUGAUUGGCAAUUUCAUACUCCCUACCACCCACAGUCAAGUGGUCAGGUGGAGAAAAUGAACCAUCUAAUUAAACAACAAAUUGUGAAAUUGGGACAGGAGGCCAAUUUACCUUGGCCCCAGUCACUUCCAUUAGCUCUGUUAAGAAUUAGAACUAAACCAAGGACUCGAGAAGGGCUGAGUCCUUUUGAAAUUCUGUAUGGAAGACCAUAUGGAAUCCAACAGGGAAUAUCUCCCCAAGAAAAUUGA